AUGUCUAUUGAGAAUCAAGACAUACCAUCUUCAUCUAAUUCACCACCUAUACUAGAGGAGCCACAAUUUCAAAAUAUCGUACAUGAAGUAGAAUUUGAAGGUGAAGUUUUAGUCAUUGAUUCAACAAAUUGGAGAAAUUCAACUUUAUUAAAAUUACAGAUUUUAUCUGGAUUUUCAGUAUUUAUAUUGUUUGGUCUAGCUGAACAAACUCUAGGUACUCUAUUACCUAAAUUACAAGAUUAUUAUAAAAUAAAUGAUCUACAUAUAAGUUUUGUAUUUCUUGUUUCUACCUCGGGGUAUUUAACUUUGGCUGCAAUUAAUAAUAUAACGCAUGAUGCUUUGGGUAUUAGAGGUGUAGCUAUAUUGGGAAGUGUAGCAAUGACGAUCUGUUACUUGGUUGUGUCUACUAAACCACCAUUUAUAUCAUUAUUAUUAGUCUAUUUUUUGAACGGUAUUGGAUUUGGUUCAUUAGAUGCUUCGCUCAAUACGUGGAUGGGUAAUUUACAUGAUUCUAAUCAAUUAUUAGGUAUACUACAUGGAUGUUAUGGUAUUGGAUCUUUAGUAUCGCCAAGUUUAAUUACUUACUUAUUAGAAAGAAAAAAAAACCCAUGGCAUUGGAACGAUUAUUAUAUUAUUUUAGCAAUUGUAGGUGGGUUUAAUAUCAUUAUAAUAGCAUAUUUAUUCAGAUAUGAGACUCCAAAAAAGUAUAAAUAUACUUCAAUAAUGAAACAUCAAAAGGAAACAAUACAAUUGAGUAAUUUAAAAGAUGACGAUCAAAUUACUGAAACAGAAAUUGAAAUUCCACAUAAUGCAUCGAUCAAAGAAGCUUUGAAAUCAAAAAUUGUGUGGGCGUUUUCAUUAAUUUUGUUUAUUUACGUUGGAGGAGAAAUGCUGACGGGUCAAUGGCUUGUUUCUUAUUAUUUAAGAAUCAAAGAUUGGACAUAUAAAUCGAGUUCCCAUUUAUCUACAACAUUUUGGACUGGGUUAACAGUUGGUAGAAUAUUACUCGGUUUUGCUACUGUACAUUUUUUCAAUAAUGAAUUAACUGCAAAUCUAAUUUAUAUAUUGACAAGUUUUAUAGGAUCUUUUGCAUUUUGGCUACUAACGUAUACAAAUGUAGUAAUUCCAAUCUUCAUAUUAAUGUUUUUCCUUGGAUGUGUUGUUGGACCAAUAUUUCCAACUACUAUUGUUGCAUCAGUUAAUGUAUUACCAGCAAAAUACCAAACAAUUGGAGUUGGUUUCAUAUGUGCAUUUGGUGGUGCUGGAGCAGCAGGUAUUCCAUUCCUUGUUGGAUUAAUUGCAGAAUCAAGUGAUAGUGGAUUGAAAAUGUUUCCAAUUUUCGUUAUGAUUAUAUUUGGAAUUUUAUUAAUAAUGUGGGCAUUUAUAACGAAAUAUUAUUCAAAAUCGUAUAAAGUAAAUAGACUAUAA